GCUCUGCUCGUCCCCUUCAGUACCUUCAGCUCCGAAGACGUUCUCUAAGCUUUUUCAGACAUUUGACCAAGUGGAUGCUUUUGGUUCAGCUCGCAAUACGUUUCCUUAAAGUUUAAGCAAAUCUUGGCAGAAGUGAUUUCGUCCUUUAUUUAUUUUGGCAGGUGCUGAAGUCUGGUAUAGAAAGUUGGAAAAGAAUAAUGGAAAGAGUUGCUUUUUGCAUGGCUGGAUGCUGUGUGCACGUAGGAAUUGGCCCUGCUUGAGCCCUGACUUGCUGUCCUCGCUCCUAUAUGUGCUAGGUGUGCCUUCACCCUCAGUGCUUUUAGCUUUGGGUGUGCAGAGCCAGCGAUUGGACCCCAUGGUUCCUGUGGGUUCCUCCCAACCUGGGAUAUUCUCUGGUUCUCUGAUUCUGUCCCAAAAUCUGGGGUCCAGCAGGAGGGCUGCAACGAGCUGACACUGGUGGGCACACACUGCACUACCAGAGCUGCUGGUGGGACUUGGGGCAGGCUGUGGGAUGUGCAGCUCCUUGGGGCUGGCAUGGAACAAGGUGUGAGAGCUCCCAGGGAGCAGUGAUCCGGCCUGGAGCGUGUCCUGGCUGCUCAGCAUAGAGCAUAUCCCACAGUAUUUCAAAUAGACACCACAAAAUACAGUAGAUAAACCUCACUACGCUGUGGAAUCACAACUGAAGGGACCUCUGGAGCUGCCCACCAAAGCAGGUUCCCUUCAGCAAGUUGCACAGGAAAAUGCCCAGGUUGGGUUUUGAAUAUCUCCUUUCAAUACAACAAUUUGAAUAUUCUCUUCCAGAGAAGAAAACUCCACAACCUCUCUGGGCAGCUGGUGCCAGGCUCUGGGACCCUCAAAGAAGUCCUUCUUCCUGUCCAUAUGGAAUUUCCUGCGCUGCAGUUUGUGCCCCUUGCCCAGACACUGGGCAGCGCUGAAAUGAGCCCAGCCCCAUGCUCCUGACCUGCCUUUAGGUAUUGAUCAGCGCUGAUCAGAUCCCCCUCAGCCUUCUCUUCCCCAGCUGAACAGCCCCAGGGCUCCCAGCCUGUCCCCAUCAGGAUGUGCUCCAGGCCCCCCAUCUCUGCACCCUUCAUUGGGCUCUCUCCACCAGUUCCCUGUCUGCCUGGAACUGGGAAGCCCAGCCCAAGGUGCAGUGUAACUCCCUAAGGAGAGCAGAGAGCACCUCCCUCGCCUGCUGGCCUCUCUGCAAUAUCCUCCAGGGUUCCAUUGGCCUUCCUGGCCACCGGGGCAACCUGCCGGCUCACGGUCAACCAAUGGACAACCAUUGGUCCACAUGGCCAUGAGAGCACACGGCACUGGGAUGCCCCAGGGCUGCAAGGGCCUUUGAGCAGCAGCAGCUCCUGGGCUCUGCCAUCACCGGCCGACCUGUGGUGUUGCUUUUGGGGGGUUUGUUUUCAUUUGGACACGGCUCGGCCAAGCUGUGGCAGCUGUGGCUGUGGGUUUCUUUCUAGGCCUGCACUUGAUUUGCAUACACAGCAGCCACAGGAAGGAAGAUAGAGCAAGACCCACGGCAGGAAGGGGAGAGGAGAGAGCUGAGAACGACGAGAGCAGCGGGGCUGGCACGGUGCCGUGCGGGGUGCCCACCUCCCCAGGCACUGCUCCCAGAGGGGCAGGAGCACAGCUUCCAUCCUGCACCUCGUGCUCCAACAUCUGGGCAAGGAGAGUGCGAAGCUCUGGGGCCAUGGAGGGGCCUCGGGGAUGCUCCCACCUGCAGUAGGAUGACCUCCCUGCACGGGGACCUGGAGAAGGUGUCACAGCGCCAAGCAGGAUGGAUAAAGGCUGAGUGUGGCAGCAGGAGCCUGGGCUGACGUGCUGCCUGCCGCGCGGUCCAUGGGACGGUGGUGGGUGCAGGCUGAAGUCUGCACUGCUGUGAACACUGUGCUCGUCGCCCCAGCACCGCCGAUGCCACGGGACGCCUCUGAUGGAAGAGGCUUGGAUCAGUCGCUACCGGAGGCAGCUGAUGAGGUCCAUCUCACCACAGUUCCUGGAGGAGAUCAUCGGCCACCUGCAGAGGCUGGACCUCCUCACAGUGGAGGAGGCUGGCCGGGCGCAGGAGGCGAGCUCCCUGCCCGAGCAGGUGAGGGCCGUGGUGGACAUCCUGGCUGGCAAGGGCAGCCAUGCCUCCCAGUCCCUGCAGAGCUUCAUCGAGACCACCAAUUCCCAGCUUUACCUCCACAUCACUGUCUAUGAACCGAUGGUGCAGAAACAUCUGGAGAGCCUCCAAAGCUUCUAUGAGAACAGCUUGGAGAUAGGUUCCCUCCAGCGCCUCACAAACCUGCUGCUAGUGGAGGGCUUGACUGACAUCCAGCAGAAGGAGCACGACAUCCUGCAGAUGGAAAUGACCAAAGGCCUACAAAACGUAUCCAAGAGCAUCCCUUUAGAGAAGCUCUUCUUGCCCCUGUCCAAGGUCAGCAUCCCCCCGCGGAUCUCUGUGACCACGGGGGUGGCUGGGAUCGGCAAAAGCACGCUGGUGAAGCUGUUUGUUGGUCGCUGGACAAAGGGCUUGAUCAACAGGGACAUCAUGUUCGUGCUGCCACUCACCUUCCGGGAGCUCAACACCUACGAGAAGCUCUCUGCCGAGAGGCUCAUCCGCUCCUCGUUCCCCCACAUCACCGAACCCAACUGCAUCUCCACGGGAGCUGCCAGGACGCUGCUCAUCCUCGACGGCUUGGAUGAGUUUAAGACCCCUUUGGAUUUUUCCAACACGGUUGCCUGCACCGAUCCCAAAAAGGAGAUUCAAGUGGACAACCUGAUCACCAACAUCAUACGAGGCAACCUGCUACAGGAGGCUUCUGUCUGGGUCACCUCUCGGCCUGCAGCAGCCAGCCAGAUCCCCGGCGGGCUCAUAGACCGCAUGACGGAAAUACGGGGCUUCAGGGCUGCAGAGAUGAAAGACUUCUUGGACCAGAUGUUCCUUGACAACAGAGACUUAUCCAGCCAGGUUCUGCAUCACAUCAAGGCUAACAGAUCUUUGCACAUCAUGUGCACAGUUCCUGGAUUUUGCAGGAUUUACGGCUCUUCAAUUGGUUAUUACCUAAAAAACAGCGCCGGUCAACCCCAAGAAAUGACAGUUGCUCCUAAGACCUUGUCAGAAAUCUAUUCCUAUUAUUUUAAAAUGGCUUUGAGCAGCGACUGGCCAGAAAGGCAGAGAGAAACCCUCAGGAUCGAGCAAGCUGUGAACAACAGCAAGAAAGUGAUGGGCAGCUUGGGCAGGCUGGCCUUCUAUGGGCUGCUCAAACGGAAGCACGUGUUCUACGAGCAGGACAUGAAGACGUACGGCAUAGACCUCUCCUUGCUGCACAGCAGUUUGUGCAGCAGACUCUUACUCAAAGAGGACAUGCAAUCCUCCACGGCCUAUUAUUUCUCCCACUUAACCAUACAGGAGUUUUUAGCAGCUAUUUAUUAUUACACCGCUGCCAAGCGGGCGAUAUUCGACCUCUUCACGGAGAGCGGGAUGUCCUGGCCCAAGCUGGGCUUCCUCAACCACUUCAAGAGCGCCGUUCAGAGGUCGCUGCAGGCUGAGGACGGGCAGCUCGAUAUCUUCGUGCGGUUCCUCUCCGGGCUGCUCUCUCCGCAGGUGAACCAGCUGCUCUCCGGCUGGCUCCUGGUGAAGGAUGAGCAUAACAGCUACAGGAACCAAGCCAUCAGCUUCCUGCAGGGCUGCCUCAACACAAACUACGUUAUCUCCUCGCAGACGGUGAACACCGUGCACUGCCUGCACGAGAUUCAGCACGCGGAGAUUGCUAAGGCCGUGGAGGAAGCGAUGAAGAACGAGAGCCUGGCAGGGAUGCUCACGCCAGUGAACUGCUCUGCCCUGGCGUACCUCCUGCAGGUCUCUGACGUCUGCGUGGAGGAGACCAACCUCUCCAACUGCCUCACUUACAACAUCUGCAAGAGCCUGCUCCCCCAGCUCCUCUUCUGCCACAGCCUCAGGCUGGACAAUAACCAGUUUAAGGACAACGUGAUGGAGCUGCUAGGCAGCGUGCUGAGCGUGAAGGACUGCCAGAUCCAGAGGCUCAGCCUGGCAGAAAAUCAGAUCUGCAAUAAAGGUGCCAAAGCACUGGCCAGGUCGCUGAUGGUGAACAGGAGCUUGACAGCGCUGGACCUGCGAAGCAACUCCAUCGGCUCGUCGGGAGCGAAAGCAUUGGCUGAUGCACUGAAAAAAAACCAAGUCCUGCUCUCUCUGAACCUGCAGCACAAUGUGAUCAAGGAGGAGGGUGCCACGGCCCUGGCUGAGGCUCUGCUGACCAACCGCAGGCUGAUAACCCUGCACCUUCAGAAAAACUCCAUCGGUGCCCACGGUGCAAAGAAGUUAGCAGAGGCGCUGGCGCAGAACUGCAGCCUCAAGGAGCUGAUGCUCUCCAGCAACUCUGUAGGAGACAGCGGCUCGGUUGCCUUGGCUGAAGCCCUGAAGGUCAAUCACAGUCUGCAAAGCCUCGAUCUGCAGAGUAAUUCCAUCAGUAACACUGGGGUCAGUGCGCUGACAGCAGCUCUCUGCUCCAACAAGGGACUCAUCGACCUCAAUUUGCGGGAGAAUUCCAUCAGCAAGGAGGGCGGCCCCGCCAUCGCCCAUGCCCUGCGCACCAACUGCACCCUCAAGAAGCUGGACUUGGCAGCCAACCUGCUGCAUGAUGAAGGUGGCAAGGCCAUCGCUUUGGCCAUGAAGGAGAACCGGGCACUCACAUCCCUCCACCUGCAGUGGAACUUCAUUCAGACGCAAGCAGCCGUGGCCCUGGCACAAGCACUGCAGUCCAAUGGCAGCCUGGUCAGCCUUGACUUGCAGGAGAACGCCAUUGGGGAUGAGGGAAUGGCCGCCCUGGCUGCUGCACUGAAGGUCAACACUACGCUGGCAGAUCUCCAUCUCCAGGUAGCUUCCAUCAGUGCAGCCGGUGCCCAAGCCCUAGCGGAGGCCUUGAUGGUCAACAACAGCUUGCAGGUCCUGGACUUGAGGGGAAACUGCAUCAGCGUGGCAGGGGCCAAGGCAAUGGCCAAGGCAUUGAAGGUGAACCGCAGCCUCCGCUGGCUCAACCUGCAGGAGAACUCCCUAGGCAUGGAUGGGGCCAUCUGCAUCGCCACCGCGCUGAGGGGCAACCAUGGCCUCACCUACGUCAACCUGCAGGGGAACCGUAUCGGCCAGUCGGGAGCCAAGAUGAUCUCUGACGCCAUCCGGACCAACUCACCUGACUGCGUGGUGGUGGUGUGAGGGCAUGCAGCUGUGCGAGGAGAUGGCCGGGGGGGGCAGAGGACAUCCUUUGGCUCACUGCCCACCCAUCCAGGGGAAGCUGGGGCAGGGAGAGCCCAGCAGCUCUCAGUAUGGCCCCACAGGGGCUCACAGCUGCUACUGCGUCCCUGGGCUCUGAAUCAGCAGCACAGGAGGGUUAGAAGCUGGGGAAUGCACAGUUUGCCUGUUCACUCAGGCGCUGGGGGAGCUUCAAGGCUGCAUAAAUGGAUGAAAAGGAAAUGGGAGCGAGGAGGGGGCAGAUCCUACAGGGCAGGUCCCACAGGCACACGGGUGACUCGACUCCAUCAUAGGCCAGCAGCCCUCCCUUGCUGCAGUGCUGUGCCUGCAGGCUGUUCUGUACCAUGCACAUCCUGACUGCACAGGAGCUCUGCUCACAACCCACCUGAAGAUGUUGUAGGCAAAUGCUACAGCACCCCAGCCUGGUCCCAACACACUGCUCCAGUGCCAGCCCUUCUCUGUCUAGGCCUGCUAGGGAUGCCCGGAACACUGCAUGAAACAGCAGCCCCUCCUCAGGCAGCCACACAGCCCAGUCCUGUAGGAUGCUGCUGAAAUCCUACUGAGAUGAAAAGGCUGACAUUCCCUUGUCCCUGCAGAGCAGGGGCUGCUCCCUGUGCAGCUGUGUGGUUUGCCAUGCCCACAACAACACGUUGGCUUUGGCUGAGCAAACACAGUUCCCGAGUGUUUGGUACUGCUGCCCUACAUCAUGUCCUCUUGGAGGAAACAGGGAUCUGAAGGCGCAGGAGUGCAGUCACUGAGAAAGGCCUUGGGAGGAAGGAAGGAAGGAGCAGGAGGAACAGCACUGCAUGAAGAUGGGCCAUCUCCAGCACGCACACCCUGGUGCAGGAGUGCCUCAGGACAAAGUUCUGUCCCUCAAGCUGAGGACCACUGGGCUCCCUGCUCUUGCCAUUGGGUCACCUUCCAAGCAAGUGGCUGCCGAAAGCAGAGGUGCCAGGUGAUGCCUCUGUGUGUGUGGCAGGUGUGGUGGCUCUCAAGAAGGUGCUGGGUUCGCAGCUGGAGCAGCAGCCACUCUGUGCAACCCCCCCCGACCCCCACAGCCAGCAGCCCCUCUCCCUUCACCUCCCAGAGCCGCACUCGGACACGUGGAAUCAGGGCAGUGAGCAGCUGCUCUGAGCACCUCUGUGAGCUGAGCCUGGGGGAACGCUGGGGUGAGCUGUGCCAUAUGUACAUGCUUGGAAAUAAAUGAGAUCCUAGCUGAAAAUACACUUUGCACUGCCUUCCUCUGUUGGUUGUGGGUGAUCACACAGGACACUGAGGUGCACUACCAGACCUGUGUCCCUCUGCCUGGAUGGGGACCUCACACCUCUUCCAGUGUGACUGUUACAUCUCAGGAGCUGGCUCGCUUUCUCCAACAGGAAAUAAUGGCACUGAAAUCCUCCCUCGGUCACCAAUACUUCAGAGCAGACAGGCUUGGGGCCAGCUGUGCCUAAACCCAUUUCCCAAGGUUUGGGAAAUGUUCCCCAAAAUGUCAAUGGGAAACAGCAAUCGGCAAUCCCAAGCCGCCUCCUGUACCCUGGGGCUCCAGGACAUAAAGGGUUAACACCAAUUUGAAACACAUCCAUCAGUCUGAGCACACCUACACACACCUGGCUGCAUGCAAACACUCCUGA